AUGGUGAUCACAUCUGCCAUUUAUGUUACUGUUAAAAUAUGCCAAUUUUUACAAGCUGGUCUUGGAAUCUCAGCCAACAUCCUCCUCCUUGUCUUCCACAUCUUCGUGUUCCUUCUGGAUCACAGGCCUAAACCCACUGACCUGAUCAUCUGUCACUUGUCCUUUGUUCACCUAAUGAAACUCUUUACUGAGCUGUCUUUAUUGUCAGCAGAAGUGUUGGAAUCGCUGAGCUCUAUGAAUGAUGUUGAAUGUAAGGCUUUAUUCUGCCUGAACAGGGUGACGAGGGGUCUCUCCAUCUGCACCACCUGCUUCCUGAGUGUGCUCCAGGUCAUCACCAUCAGCCCCAGCACCUCCUGGUUGGCCAGGUUUAAAUCUAAAUGCACAAAGUACAUCUUUCAUUCUUUUGUCAUCUUAUGGUUUCUCAGUUUGUCUCUCAGCAGUAACUGCGUAUUGUUUUCUGUCGCAUCUUUUAACGUGACCCAGACCAAUCUAUUGAAUGUCGGUAAACACUGCUCACUUUCCCCCAUGGACUCCGUCAUCAGGGGGCUGAUCUUAGCAUUGACGAUAUCCAGGGAUGUCUACUUUGUAGGAGUCACGCUGCUCUCCAGUGCAUACAUGGUGAUUCUCCUGUCCAGGCAUCAGAGGCGUUGCCAGCACCUUCACAUCACCAGCUUCUCCUCAAGAGCCUCUCCAGAGAAAAGGGCCACCCAGACUGUCCUCCUGUUGGUGAGUUUCUUUGUGGUCGUGUACUGGGUGGACAUCAUCAUCUCAUUCUCCUCAACAAUGCUAUGGACUUAUGACCCAGUCGUCUUGGAUUUCCAGAGGCUUCUGUCCAAUGUCUACGCCACUGUUAGUGCUUUGGUACUCAUUAAUUCUGAUAAAAAUGAAAAUGUGUUUCAGGAGUGUGGAAAAAUUACAAACAAUUUCUAA